AUGGCGAGUCCCUUUGCUUCCAUCGCCAACCAAAGGGUCACAUCUCAACGACCGCCACGAGAAGCGCCAGAAUUGGAUUUUGACAGAUGCGCCGCUUUACACAACACAAUAGCCAUCUAUGGCUGGCUACGCAGUGGUCGCAAGGUCGCCGAUAUGGACCGCAAAACCUGGUGGCAGAAGCGCGGCAACACAACAUUGGAAGUCUUACUACGGCCGUCUUUGGUCAAAUUCUUGAAGAAAAUUUUUGACUUGCCUGGAGGAGAUGGAAGCCAUUUUUUCUACUAUAUCAGCAGAGUUGCGAAGCCCAGAGAGAUGCUGUACCUUGGAGACUUGCUGGAUGACAGUGAGAAGAAGAUCAAGGGAGAGAAGCAUCGAUUUAUCACUUUGUACAUGACGAACAAGGAGUUGGUUAGUCAACGGAGUGGCAUUGUAUAUGAUCAGGUCACUGGCAAGGCAAUUUUCAUGCCUACUUUUCUACACAUUUUCGACUUGUACGACCAAAAAUUGCCAUGGCAAAGACUAGAAUCGAUUCUCAGCGCUUAUAUCGACAUGAUUGAAGCAGGAAAGGCUGUAGCAUUACACGAAUCUAUCGCUCGGCGGUCACGCUAUGACACACACCCUUGGACUCUGGUAUCAUACACUCAAGGCGACUUGACCUCAUGCCUCAAGCUUUGGGAGCAGCUGUUCACAGAAAUCGAGAUUAGGAGCGGAUUACGAGACGAAGAGGAAGACCCCAAUACCACACCCCUGUGUAGUCGAUCCGGUCUUUCCGCUGCAGGCGUACCGAGAGGGUUCGCAUAUGAUCUAUUAUCUCACGCCAGACAACCGCGAAUCUGGUACGUAGCACCAGGAAUCCGCCUCCCGCAAGCAUCCGAGUUCGUAAACCAGCCCUUCAAACACGUUGCUGCGAAAUACCCGAAAGAAACCGAGGGUAUCAAAAUGCCCUUCUUGUUCUUCCGCGCAGAGGGCACAGUGACCUCGAAACAAGCAAACUUCCGCUGGCCGUUCAGCACAGUACAAGAAGUGCCUUGCGGAUUGUACCUCGACUCAUAUCCAAACAAGGAAAACCCAUUUGAGGAUGCAUGUCGCCUUGUGCUACCCUUCCCAGUAGGAGGAAACAAGAAGGCCAGGACCAGUGAUGGCAGAUUGAUGCAAAAGAGUCAUACAGAGGUUUAUGCUCAUGGCAUCAAUCCCUUUACCUUACGCCAUGGUCCCAAGUUGACAGCGAUUUUGGAAAAUUGGUUGAUGAAUGUCAAGAGUGGACAUUGGGCUGUGGAUGAGCAAGGUGUUUCUGGCGGUGUUGAGGUUUGGAAGCAGGCAGACACUGAAGAGCAUUGGGACAAGUAUGUUUCGGCGCAUUUAGCAUUGUAA